AUGCAACCCGAAACCGAAACCGAAACCCAGCCUAAGCCGAUCCAAAUCCAGUUCCUGGAAGGAGGUUUUAAGCGGAGCUGCCUUCUUUCAACAGCAGACAGCGAUUCACACAAACUCUUAACUCAGGAAUUCGAUCCGGUUCCAUCUCACCGAAUCCCGGAAUCCUUGGAUCCCCAAGCCCCAAGAGACCUUUCAGAUCCUUCAACCCGAGACCACAACCCGGUUGACCCAGAGCCUGAUCGACCCGACGGUGGUUCAUCGAAUUCAGGAGGGGAAGGAGAAGAAGAAGAAGGAGAGUGUGGGUUUUGCUUGUUUAUGAAAGCCGGAGGCUGCAAAGAAAGCUUCGUGGCUUGGGAAAAUUGCGUUGACGAAGCCAAGAAGAACGACGACUAUAUCGCCGCCAAAUGCAUGGCAGUAACAGCUGCUUUGAGGAGAUGCAUGGAGGAUCACGCCGAUUACUAUGAGCCAAUAUUGAGAGCCGAGAAGGCUGCCCAUGAAGAAGCCAUUAGGGAGUUGGAAAAAGAAAAGGCAGCUAAAGAAGAGUCUGAGCGAAAUUCGGGAUGCAUGAAGGAUUUGGAGAAAAAAAUGAGGUGGCUGCUUUUAUUAUUUUACUCCCUUCCUGGGAUUUUGAAUUUUAAGUGCUUUUAGUGGUGAAUUGGGCCAUUUUUAUGGCAAAAGAUGGUACUUUUCUUGGUAGUGGUUUAUUUUUUUUUUCAAAAGAAUGUUGAGAUAGAG